GCAGCCACAGCGGCGAGCUCCCUGCGCUGCCCGAGGAAUAGGAAUCACCACCGCCACCGCCACCAUCAUAAUAAUAACAAUCAAAAAAACAAUAACUAGCUUGAUGUGAACAUGAAAGCAACCAACAAAGAGGGGCAUCACGCAAGGUCGACGGAAUUCUCCGACCCUUUCACAAGAGGAUGUAUUAAAUGUGGUCUAGUGGACUUUUUCCUAGCUAAGAAAAUGAGGAUUAAAGCCGGAGUUAUAUUUUGGAAUCUCGUUUUUUUAAUGAUGAUCACAUGCGUGCGAGGUUUCAUUUACACUUGUGGUGGGACAUUAAAAGGCAGGAAUGGCACUAUAGAAAGCCCUGGUUUUCCUUACGGAUAUCCAAAUGGUGCGAAUUGUACAUGGGUUAUUGUGGCCGAGGAGAGGAACAGAAUUCAGAUUGUAUUUCAGUCGUUUGCUGUGGAAGAGGAAUACGACUUUUUAUCGUUGUAUGAUGGGCAUCCACACCCAGCUAACUUCAGGACAAGGUUAACUGGUUUCCAGAUUCCUCCCCCUGUCACGAGCACAGGGUCUGUCUUCUCCCUACGCCUCACCAGUGACUUUGCCGUGAGUGCUCAUGGGUUCAAGAUUUACUAUGAAGAAUUGCAGAGCAGCUCCUGCGGAAACCCUGGCGUCCCCCCCAAGGGAAUCCUCUACGGAACUCGUUUUAAUGUGGGGGAUAAGAUCCGCUACAGCUGUGUGACGGGCUACGUCCUGGACGGCCACCCGCAGCUCACCUGUGUUACCAAUGCGGGCAACACCGCCGUGUGGGACUUCCCUGUCCCCAUCUGCAGAGCUGAGGACACAUGUGGUGGUACUCUGAGAGGUUCAAGUGGCAUCAUUUCAAGCCCCAAUUUCCCGAGUGAAUAUUACAAUAGUGCGGACUGUACGUGGACCAUACUUGCUGAUCCCGGAGACACCAUCUCCAUCAUUUUUACAGACUUCCAGAUGGAGGACAAGUAUGACUACUUAGAAGUGGAAGGAUCAGAGCCACCAACAAUCUGGUUAUCUGGGAUGAACAUUCCAUCGCCUAUUGUCAGUAACAAGAACUGGCUGAGACUGCAUUUUGUGACUGACAGCAACCAUCGAUACAGAGGAUUUAGCGCUCAUUAUCAAGUGAAAAGGUCCGUAGAUUUUAAAUCUAGAGGAGUAAAAUUAUUCCCAGGCAAAGACAACAGCAACAAGUUUUCUAUCUUGAAUGAAGGAGGGAUUAAGCAAGCGUCCAAUUCGUGUCCGGACCCUGGCGAGCCGGAGAAUGGAAAGCGUAUUGGCUCGGACUUUAGCAUUGGCGCCACAGCGCAGUUCACCUGCAAUGAGGACCACGUGCUCCAGGGCUCCAAGACCAUAACUUGCCAGAGGGUGGCUGAGGUGUUCGCAGCCUGGAGUGACCAUCGGCCAGUUUGCAAAGUCAAAACAUGUGGAUCAAACCUGCAAGGUCCUGCUGGGACAUUCACGUCUCCAAACUUCCCGAUCCAGUACGAGAGCAACUCGCAAUGUGUGUGGAUAAUCACUGCCAGCAACCCCAAUAAGGUUAUUCAGAUUAACUUUGAAGAGUUUGACCUGGAGAUUGGAUAUGACACGUUAACCAUUGGCGAUGGAGGAGAAGUUGGUGAUCCCCGAACCAUACUGCAAGUUUUGACAGGCAGCUUUGUGCCUGACCUUAUUGUGAGCAUGACCCACCAGAUGUGGCUCCAUCUCCAGUCUGAUGAGAGUGUGGGAUCCAUUGGUUUCAAGAUCAACUACAAAGAAAUUGACAAAGAGAGUUGUGGGGACCCUGGAACUCCACUUUAUGGCAUUCGGGAGGGCAGUGGCUUCUCCAACGGUGACAUUCUGCGCUUUGAGUGCCAGUUUGGGUUCGAGCUCAUUGGUGAAAGAACAAUCUCCUGCCAAAACAACAACCAGUGGUCGGCUAACAUUCCCAUCUGCAUCUUUCCUUGCUUGUCAAACUUCACGGCGCCAAUGGGGACAGUCUUGUCUCCAGAUUAUCCUGAAGGCUAUGGCAACAAUCUGAACUGUGUGUGGCUGAUCAUCUCUGAACCUGGAAGCCGAAUCCACCUGGCCUUCAAUGACUUUGACCUGGAGGCCCCCUACGACUUCCUAACCGUCAAGGAUGGGGAGCUGCUGGAUUCUGCAGUUUUAGGCCGCUUCUCUGGGGCAGAGGUGCCCUCACACCUCACAAGUAACACCAACAUCCUCCGUCUGGAGUUCCAAGCAGACCACUCCAUGUCUGGCCGAGGCUUCAACAUCACCUACAGCACCUUUGGUCACAAUGAGUGUCCUGAUCCCGGAAUCCCUUUAAAUGCCCGUCGCUUCGGAGACAAUUUCCAACUGGGUAGCUCCAUCUCUGUGAUCUGCGAGGAGGGAUUCAUCAAGACCCAGGGCACAGAAACCAUCACCUGUGAAUUAGACAACGGCAUGGUGAUGUGGAGCGGGCCCAUUCCAAAAUGUGAAGCCCCCUGUGGAGGUCACUUUUCAGCCCCCAGCGGCGUUAUCCUGUCCCCUGGCUGGCCAGGAUAUUACAAAGACUCCCUCAGCUGCGAGUGGGUCAUCGAGGCAGAGGCGGGUCGUUCUAUCAAGAUCACCUUUGACAGAUUUCAAACAGAACUCAAUUAUGACUUUUUGGAGCUCCAUGACGGGCCUAAUGUGCUGUCCCCGCUCAUUGGCUCCUUCAACGGAACCCAAGUGCCUCAGUUCUUGUUCAGCAGCAGCAACCACCUCUAUCUGCUUUUCACCACCGACAACAGUCGCUCUAACAGCGGAUUCAAGAUCUUCUAUGAAAGUGUAACAGUAGACACCUAUUCCUGUCUUGACCCGGGAAUCCCAGUGAACGGGUUGCGCUACGGGCAGGACUUCUCCAUCGGGUCCACCGUGUCCUUCGGCUGUGAUCCUGGCUACAGGCUUAACCACGAGGAGCCCCUAGUCUGCGAGAAGAACCACUGGUGGAGCCACCCGCUGCCAACAUGUGACGCUCUGUGUGGGGGAGAUAUCAGGGGACCCGGUGGCACCAUCCUGUCCCCUGGAUACCCGGAGAUGUAUCCCAGCUCACUGAACUGCACCUGGACAGUGGAAGUCAGCCAUGGCAAAGGCGUCCAGUUCACCUUCCACACCUUUCAUCUGGAAGAUCACCACGACUACCUGCUGAUCACAGAAAACGGCAGCUUCACCCAGCCACUGGCCCGCCUUACGGGCUCAGAGCUUCCCUUGCCCAUCAACGCCGGUCUCUAUGGAAACUUCAAGGCUCAGCUGCGCUUCAUUUCAGACUUCUCAAUAUCCUACGAAGGAUUUAACAUCACAUUUUCUGAGUACAACCUAGAGCCGUGUGAGGACCCAGGAAUCCCACGUUUUGGCCGCCGCAAUGGCUACAACUUCGGCAUUGGGGAUUCGCUAACCUUCUCCUGCAAUAUGGGCUACCGUCUAGAGGGGGCGCCAGAGAUCAUAUGCCUUGGGGGUGGCCGCCGAAUGUGGAGCGCACCUCUGCCAAGGUGUGUGGCGGAGUGCGGAUCCUCGGUUGUCAACAAUGAAGGCAUUCUGCUCUCCCCCAACUACCCCAUGAACUACGACAACAACCAUGAGUGUAUCUACAGCAUCCAGGUGCAGGCCGGAAAAGGCAUCAACAUCUCAGCUAGGACAUUCCACCUGGCACAGGGAGACAUGCUCAAGAUCUAUGACGGGAAGGACAACACGGCGCAUGUUCUGGGGGCCUUCACAGGGUCCGCCAUGCUGGGCACAACCCUCAUCAGCACAUCCAAUCACCUCUGGCUGGAGUUCUACACAGACGGCGAGGCCACAGGCGAGGGCUUCAAACUGGUCUACUCAAGCUUUGAGCUGUCGCACUGUGAGGACCCCGGCGUGCCCCAGUUUGGCUUCAAGGUCAGUGACCAGGGCCACUUUGCUGGCAGCACCAUCACCUACCGGUGCAACCCUGGAUACACCCUACACGGAAGCAGCGUGCUGAAGUGCAUGACUGGGGAGAGGAGGGCAUGGGACAAUCCCCUUCCUUCCUGCAUAGCCGAGUGUGGAGGAAGAUUCAAAGGCGAGUCGUCGGGUCGCAUCCUAUCCCCGGGAUACCCAUUCCCUUAUGACAACAACCUGCGCUGCACCUGGGUCAUUGAGGUGGACUCAGGCAACAUUGUCAGCUUGCAGUUCCUGGCGUUCGACACAGAGGCCUCCCAUGACAUCUUAAAGGUGUGGGAUGGCCCCCCGGAGAACGAGAUGUCCCUGAGGGAGUUGAGUGGCUCCCUGCUCCCUGAGGGGAUCCACAGUACCCUCAACCAGGUCACCAUCCAGUUUGAGACGGACUUCUACAUCAGCAAGUCAGGAUUCGCUAUCGAGUUCUCCAGUUCCGUGGCAACGGCCUGCCGGGACCCGGGGGUGCCCAUGAACGGCAGUCGCAACGGAGACGGUCGGGAGCCUGGCGAUACUGUGACUUUCCAGUGCGACCCAGGGUACGAGCUGCAGGGAGACAUGAAGAUUACCUGCAUCCAGGUGGAAAACAGAUACUACUGGCAGCCCAGCCCUCCAGUUUGCAUAGCUCCUUGCGGAGGGAAUUUGACAGGAUCAUCUGGGUUUAUCCUGUCCCCAAACUACCCCCAUCCUUAUCCCCACAGCAAAGACUGUGACUGGUUAAUAGCCGUCAACUCGGACUACGUUUUGUCAUUAGCUUUCAUCAGCUUCAGCAUCGAACCUAACUACGACUUCCUGUACAUCUAUGACGGACCAGACAGCAGCAGCCCUCUCAUCGGCAGCUUCCAGGACAGCAAGCUGCCAGAGCGCAUUGAGAGCAGCUCCAAUACCAUGUACCUUGCCUUCCGUAGCGACGGUUCCGUCAGCUACGCCGGCUUUCAUCUCGAGUACAAAGCCAAGCUCCGAGAAUCGUGCUUUGAUCCCGGAAGCGUGAUGAAUGGGACGAGGCUGGGCAGCGACUACAAGCUCGGCUCCACGGUGACCUUCUACUGCGAGCCUGGGUAUGUGCUGCAGGGCUACUCCACCCUCACCUGCAUUAUGGGGGACGACGGCCGGCCCGGCUGGAACAGGGUCCUGCCAAGCUGUCAAGCACCAUGUGGCAGCCGGUCGACGGGCACCGAGGGCACCGUGUUGUCACCCAACUACCCGAGGAACUACACGGCAGGGCACAGCUGUGUGUACGCUAUCUCCGUCCCCAGAGAAUUCGUGCUCUUUGGACAGUUUGUGCUCUUCCAGACCUCUCUCAAUGAUGUGGUUGACAUCUACGAUGGACCCACUCAGCAGUCUCCUCUCCUAUCCUCCCUGUCCGGCUCCCACUCAGGAGAGUCUUUGCCCUUAAGCACUGGUAACCAGAUUACCAUCAAGUUCACCACGAUUGGUCCUGAGACUGCCAAAGGGUUUCACUUUGUCUACCAAGCGGUCCCCCGAACAAGUGCCACCCAGUGCAGCUCUGUGCCAGAGCCCAGGUUUGGGAAGAGGCUGGGGAACGACUUUGCAGUUGGUGCAACCGUGCUCUUUGAGUGCAACCCGGGGUACACCUUGCACGGCUCUUCAGCUAUCAGGUGUGAGACGGUCCCCAACGCGCUGGCACAGUGGAACGACACACUGCCCACCUGUGUUGUGCCCUGCGGAGGAGUGCUCACUGCACGCAGAGGAACGAUCCUGUCUCCCGGAUACCCAGAGCCCUACGACAACAAUCUCAACUGCCUGUGGAAGGUGUCCGUGCCAGAGGGCGCUGGGAUUCAAAUCCAGGUUAUAAGUUUCGCCACUGAACACAACUGGGACUCCCUGGACUUCUAUGAUGGGGCUGAUAACAACGCUCCUAGACUUGGCAGUUACUCAGGCACGACAAUCCCGCAGCUCCUGAACAGCACCUCGAACAACCUGUACCUGAACUUUCAGUCCGACAUCAGCGUCUCGGCAGCCGGCUUCCACCUGGAGUACACAGCAAUAGGGUUGGAUUCUUGCCCAGAGCCCCAGACUCCUAACAAUGGAAUCAGACUUGGUGACCGCUACAUGGUGGGCGAUGUGGUUCAGUUCCAGUGUGAGCAAGGCUACUCCCUGCAGGGGAACAUGUACAUAACCUGCAUGCCUGGACCUGUAAGAAGAUGGAACUACCCAGUCCCUCUCUGCCUCGCUCAAUGCGGCGGGACCAUGACAGACUUCAGCGGGGUGAUCCUGAGCCCUGGCUUUCCUGGAAAUUACCCCAGUGGCCUGGACUGCACGUGGAUGGUCAAUCUGCCUGUUGGCUUUGGAAUUCACCUGCAGUUUCUGAAUUUCUCCACGGAGGCCAUCCAUGACUACCUUGAAGUUCGCAGUGGUUCUUUGGAGACGGGCACUGUGAUGGACAGGUUCAGUGGACCCGUGGUUCCGGAGUCAUUCUUCAGCACCACUCACGAAACCAGCUUUUUUUUCCACAGUGACUACUCACAGAACAAGCCUGGCUUUCACAUCACAUACCAGGCUUACCAGCUGCAAAGCUGUCCCGACCCCCGGCCUUUUCGCAAUGGCAUUGUGAUCGGCAGCGACUUCAGCGUUGGCAUGACCGUGUCCUUUGAGUGCCUGCCAGGUUACUCGCUCAUCGGAGAGGCCUCACUCACCUGCUUGCAUGGAAUCAGUCGCAAUUGGAACCACCCUCUCCCACGUUGCGAGGCUCUCUGUGGGGGCAACAUCACAUCCAUGAAUGGGACCAUCUACUCUCCUGGGCAUCCGGCUGAGUACCCUCACUUCCAGGACUGUGUGUGGAGUGUCAGGGUACCUCCAGGCAAUGGAAUUUACAUCAACUUCACCGUGCUCAGCACAGAACCUAUCUACGACUACAUCACAGUUUGGGAUGGCCCUGAUCAAAGCUCCCCCCAGAUUGGCCAGUUCAGCGGAAACACGGCUCUUGAGUCCGUCUACAGCACCUCCAACCAGAUCCUCAUCAAGUUUCACAGUGACUUCAGCGGCAGCGGAUUCUUUGUGCUCAGCUACCAUGCAUACCAGCUGAGAGUGUGCCAACCUCCACCACCCGUUCCCAAUGCCGACGUCCUCAUGGAAGACGACGAAUUUGAAAUAGGAGAUAUAAUCAGGUACCAGUGUCAGCCCGGAUUUACCCUGGUGGGGAACGAGGUCCUGACCUGUCGGCUGGGUGAGCGGCUCCAGAUGGACGGCCCCCCUCCGGUGUGCCAAGUGCAAUGUCCGGCCCAUGACAUGCGCUUCGACUCCACCGGGGUCAUCCUGAGUCCAGGCUACCCGGACAGCUACCCCAACCUGCAGAUGUGUUCCUGGGGAAUUAACGUGGAGAAGGGCUACAACAUCACCCUCCACUUCGAGUUCUUCCAAACGGAACGAGAGUUUGAUGUGCUGGAAGUCUUUGAUGGACCCAACAUCCACAGUCAGAUCCUGGCCUCCCUCAGUGGAGACCUGAGCACGCCCUUUAAUAUCACCACCACAGGCCACCAGCUGCUAUUGCGCUGGUCAUCCGAUCACGGCACCAAUAAGAAGGGCUUCCGCAUCAGAUAUGUCGGUGAGUAUCAAACGCUGUACUGCAGCACCCCGGACUCACCGCCCCACGGCUCCAUCAUCAGCCAAACUGGUGGCCAGCUCAACAGCAUGGUGCGCUGGACAUGUGACCGUGGCUAUCGGCUCAUAGGGAAGAGCACAGCUGUCUGCAGGAAGACCCCAUAUGGCUACUACACUUGGGACUCCCCUGUACCGGCCUGUCAAGCCGUGUCCUGCGGCGUGCCCAAGGCACCCAUGAAUGGGGGCGUGCUGACAACCGACUACUCGGUGGGCACGCGGGUGACCUACUUCUGCAACGACGGCUACCGGCUUUCCUCUAAGGAGCUGACCAGCGCAGUCUGCCAGCCCGACGGCACGUGGAGCAACCACAACAAAAUCCCUCGCUGCUCAGUGGUGGUGUGCCCCAGCAUCGGCUCCUUCUCCCUGGAGCACGGGCGGUGGAGGAUCGUUAACGGCUCCCAUUACGAAUACCGCACCAAAAUCAUCUUCAGCUGCGACCCUGGCUACUACCGCCUGGGUCCCGCCCACAUCCAGUGCAUGGCCAACGGCAUGUGGAGUUGGAGGAAUGAGCGGCCGCAUUGUCAGAUCAUAUCAUGCGGAGAGCUCCCCACUCCUCCCAGUGGGAAGAAGAUUGGCACACAGACCACCUUCGGAGCCACAGCUAUUUUCACCUGCGAUCCCGGACACAUACUGGUGGGCUCCACUGUGCGCGAAUGCCUCUCGUCAGGCUUGUGGAGUGGGACUGAGACCCGAUGCCUUGCGGGUCACUGUGGCAUCCCAGAGCAGAUAGUCAAUGGCCAGGUGAUUGGGGAGAACUUUGGCUACCGGGAUACAGUAGUGUACCAGUGCAUUCCAGGUUUCCGCCUCAUCGGCUCAUCCGUGCGAAUCUGCCAGCAAGAUCACAAUUGGUCCGGGCAGCUCCCAGCCUGCGUGCCCAUCAGCUGCGGCCACCCAGGAAGCCCCAUCUAUGGCCGCACGAUAGGUAAUGGAUUCAACCUGAACGACGUGGUGAGCUUCUCCUGCAACAUGGGAUACAUCAUGGAGGGGCCCUCCCGGGCACAGUGCCAGGCCAACCGCCAGUGGAGCCAUCCACCACCAACAUGUAAAGUGGUCAACUGCUCCGAUCCCGGGAUUCCAGCUAACUCCAUCAGGGAGAGCAAGAUCGAGCAUGGAAACUUCACCUUUGGAACAGUGGUCUUUUAUGAUUGCAGCCCAGGAUAUUACCUGUUUGGAUCAUCUGUGCUCACCUGCCAGCCCACAGGCCAGUGGGACAAGCCGUUACCAGAGUGCAUUGUCAUCGACUGCGGUCAUCCCGGCUCACCUCCCAACGGCGUUCUGAGCGGAGACAAGUUCACCUUCGGCUCAACUGUGCGCUACUCGUGCACGGGCGGACGGGAGCUGAAGGGCCAGGCCUCGCGCACCUGCCAGCUCAAUGGCCACUGGAGCGCGCCCAUGCCCUAUUGCUCAGGUGAUUCGUCGGGUACCUGUGGAGAUCCUGGGACCCCCUCCCACGGAACCAGGGAGGACAGUGACUUCAAGAUCCGCAGCAAGGUCCGCUUCAGUUGCAACAUAGGAUACACCCUGUAUGGCUCGGCAGAGAGGAUGUGCUUCGCCAACGGCACCUGGUCUGGGAGACAGCCGUCCUGUAAACCUGUGCAGUGUGGGAACCCAGGCACCCCAAGCAAUGGGCGAGUGUUCCGCAUCGAUGGCACCAGCUUCUCCCACUCCGUAAUCUACUCCUGCAUGGACGGCUAUAUCCUGUCCGGUUCUUCCACCCGCCAGUGUCUGGCCAACGGCACCUGGUCCGGCAGCGCCCCCAAUUGCACCAUGAUCAACUGUGGUGAUCCUGGAGUCCCAGCCAACGGUCUGAGGUAUGGAGAGGACUUCUCCAUCAACCAGAACGUCACAUUCGUGUGUCAGCCGGGCUACGCAAUGGAGCCCGCCAACUCUGUCGUCCGUACCUGCACCGGGAAUGGCACCUGGAGUGGGGUUAUGCCGACCUGCAAAGCCGUCACCUGCACUGGCCCUCCCCCAAUCUCCAACGGGGUCCUGGAGGGCACUGACUUCGAGUGGGGCACCAGUGUGAGCUACAGCUGCUCUCCGGGAUAUGAGCUGUCCUUCCCUGCCAUCCUCACCUGCGUGGGAAAUGGCACGUGGAGUGGAGAGGUGCCGCAGUGCCUGCCCAAGUUUUGUGGGGAUCCAGGUGUGCCGGCUCAUGGCAUGAGAGAAGGUCGUAGCUUCAUCUACCAGUCGGAGGUGUCCUUCAGCUGCAGCCCCCCCUACAUCCCGGUGGGCUCCACUACACGCAUCUGCCAGGCUGAUGGCACCUGGAGCGGAUUCCAGCCACGUUGUAUAGAACCAACCCGGACAACGUGUGAGAACCCGGGAACGCCGCGCUACGGAUCCCUCAACAGAACCACAGGAUUCAAGGUGGGCAGCGUGGUGGAGUUCCAGUGCCAACUUGGCCACCUGCUUCUAGGCUCCAUCACCCGCAUGUGCCAAGCAGACCUCACCUGGAGUGGAACCCAGCCUGAGUGCAUCCCCCAUUCAUGCAAGCAGCCGGAAAGCCCUCCCCACGUCAACGUGGUUGGGAUGGACCUACCUUCCUUUGGGUACACCCUCAUCUACACCUGCCAGCCAGGGUUCUUCCUUUCUGGUGGCUCUGAACACCGUGUCUGCAAGUCUGAUGGCACCUGGACUGGCAAGAUGCCACUGUGUCGAGCGGGCUCAAAAUUGUCUGAGAAAACCCUUAAACCUGUGCCAGGAACACCUAGCCCCAAACUAAAUGUUCCUGAUGAUGUUUUUGCCCCUAACUACAUUUGGAAAGGCUCUUACAACUAUAAGGGACGAAAGCAACCCAUGUCCUUGACCAUUACAAGCUUUAACAGAACCACGGGUAGAGUCAAUGCCACACUCAUUAAUAGGAAUAUGGAGCUUCUGCUUUCAGGAGUUUAUAAAAGCCAAGAAGCACGACUUAUGCUGCUUAUGUACCAUGUGAGAGCAUCUACUCACACAGCGCUGAACAAAAUGAAAGAAGAAGCCUGGUCCAUGGAUGGUUUUGUAUCUGCAGAACCUGAUGGGGCCACGUAUGUCUUUCAGGGCUUUAUACAGGGUAAAGAUUACGGCCAGUUCGGGCUACAGAGACUAGGUCUGAAUAUGUCAGAGAGUAAUAACUCCUCAAAUCCACCCCAUGGUACAAACAGUAGCUCUGUGGCCAUAGCAAUCCUUGUGCCUUUUUUUGCCCUCAUAUUUGCAGGAUUCGGUUUCUAUCUUUACAAGCAGCGGACUACUCCUAAAACCCAGUACACAGGCUGUUCGGUUCACGAGAACAACAAUGGUCAGGCCGCCUUUGAGAACCCCAUGUACAACACCAAUGCCAAGUCAGUGGAGGGGAAAGCCGUGCGAUUUGAUCCCAACCUGAACACAGUCUGCACAAUGGUAUAAUGACACUGGCCAAACGGAAGGAGUAUUGAUUUUUUUCUUCUUAAAUGCUUUGCAAAACUGAAUAUGAUGAUUUUGGAAGGUCCAGAAGACGCACACCCAGUGAUAUUUAAAGCACACAUUUCAGGAACCAAUUGGCCACGUGCGUCCGGAUGUUUUGGGACCCAACAUCGCGUUUUGAAAGACUGACGGAAACCUGUCUUCACGACAAGAGUGGAGAGUUCCUGUGCUACCUUAUGUGCACUCCAGGAGUGCUUAUUCACAUUUGAUUUGGUCUUUUUUAAAAGUAAAAGGAUCUGUAAAUCUACUUGCAUAUAUAUGAGGAGCAUUCACCACUUAUAUUUUUGUGCUAUAUAUUACCACAUGGGGGUUGGUCUGGGUAAAGAGAUUAUAUUGAGAGUUUAUACAAAUAUUUCAGAUAUGCUGUUCACAAAAAAAGUAAUGCACAAAGUUAUGUUACAGUAAGCUUCCUUUCCUUGGUUUAGGAGGAUUUCAUUGCUUUCCAUAGUAGUUGACAUAUGCACACCCUGAUUUCGGUUCAUGUAAAGGGUCUCAUUGUGUUUGUUGACUUUGAGAUGUCCCUUCUACGCAACAUAUAAAAGUGAAGCAAAUUAGAAGUACAUCAUGAAACACUGGCUCACUCAAUUUGAUCAAAGAUGAAAUAUUUUCAUAUUUGUAUUUUCUCAUAUAUUUCUAUAUUUAUAUCAUUACAUCUCUUUCAGCACUGUGGGCAUAUAUAGCGGUAUUUUGGAUCUAAAAUAUCUGUUUAAGAUGGAGAGACUCUCAAGUUAGUUAAAAUUAUGUUGUUGUGUGCACUAAAAUGAUACUGUAGGACAUGAUUAAGUAUAGCUGUUAUGGAAAGCUAUUUUGAUUAUUGUCCGAUCUGUGUCUGCACGCAGUUUCUAAGAGAUAUGUAGGUUGUUUAAUUAUUGAAAUAUUAUGUAACUAUGAUUAUCAUUAAAACCACACUUUGUACAUCCA